AUGUCAAUUGAGAAAUACGACGUUGCCGUUGUAGGGCUGGGUGCUCUCGGCAGCUCAGCAGCAUACCAAGCCGCGAUUAAAGGCGCCAAAGUCAUUGGCCUCGAGCAGUAUGAGUUUGGCCAUGUGAAGGGAGCAUCCCACGACACAUCACGCAUCGUCAGAACCUCCUACGGAGCCCCCGAGUUCGUGGCUCUCGCCCGUUCAGCCUACAAGGACUGGGCCGAGAUCGAGCGACGGUCUGGUAUGCAGAUGCUCACUAUCACUGGCGGCGUUGUCUUCCUCCCCAAGGACGGACCAAAUGGUUCUCACACCUUCACCAACAGCCUGGACGCCAAUGGAAUCCCCUACGAGCUCCUAGAUGCCCCCGAAGCGAAUCGUCGAUGGCCUGGCUUCAAUGUUCCGGAGAGCGUUCAUACCGUUUACACGCCAGACACGGGCAUCGCCCACGCAGCCAAAUCCGUCACAACGAUCCAGUACCUCGCUCGCGGUGCCGGGGCCACACUCAAAGAUCACACGCGCGUCGACAGCGUAAUACCACAAGCCGGCGGCGGCGUCCUCGUCAAGACAUCCAAGGGCGAUUUCCACGCCAAGAAGGUUAUUAUCGCCGCCGACGCCUGGACCAACAAGCUCCUCAAACCGCUUGGAGUCGAGCUACCCAUUACCGUCAUGCAGGAGCAAGUCACAUACUACAAGCCCAAGCGGGAGCACGAAGCCCGUUUCGAGAGCGACAAGUUCCCCGUCUGGAUCUGGGGUGGCGCGGACUCCACUGAGAAGUGGUUCUACGGGUUUCCCUUGUACGGCGAGCCAGCACUCAAGGCUGGUCAAGACGCGGGUCGGAAUGAUAUGACACCUGAGGAGCGUACCUGGGUUCCAUCGGAGAGGCUGCGCAAGGAGCUGACCACUUUCGUCGAUGGCCUGAUUCCGGACCAUGGGGAGGAGCUGCGCACGGUGACCUGCCAGUACACAAUCACCCCUGAUCGACAGUUUAUUAUCAGUCCGAUGGAGAAGCACCAGGAUGUUAUUGUUGCGCUUGGAAAUGCUCAUGCUUUCAAGUUCGCUCCGGCUAUCGGUCGUGUAACUGCUGAGCUGGCACUGGAUGGGAAGACAACUGAUGAUAUUUCGAAAUUCGGGUUCCCUCAACCAACCACAAGCAAGUUAUAA